AUGAAAGCCCAUUGUAAUGUACCCACAGCUACGAAUGCCACUUACUACUUGCGUUACUCGUUGGAAUACGCGGAAAUUGUGCCAGAAAAUCGUCCGUUGUAUCUUGCGGCAUGUUGUGAUGCAUCCGGAAGUCUAGAGCACAUGGGAAAUGUGGAGUAUGACGUGCCAAUAUGUGACCCGACUACGCACCCUGGAUGCGUUCACACAUUGUCGACUCGACAGCGACUCGACAAUGGCAGUAUCCCAUUGUUUACGUAUCGUGAACACGCGCCCGAGCCGGAGCGAGAGGUGGAGCUUGUGUAUGCAGUAGGCCAUCAACAUCGUGGUGGUCUCGGUAUCCAGCUGUAUGACGAUGCUUCUGGAGACUUGUUGUGUGCAUCUGUACCAGAAUACGGUUCAGGAAUUGAAGCUGGUAAUGAAGACGGUUACGUCAUCUCGAUGAGUACUUGUACUUUUGAUCCACCUCGACGCAUGCGGACAACCGACAUUGUUCGAAUUGUGGCACUGUAUAACAACACGCAGCCGCAUACUGGAGUUAUGAGCCUAAUGUACAUGGCACUGAGCGAUUUUCCUUUGGAGAAACUUGCUACCGUCAAUACUUCGCAAACUGUGUCGGGAAACAAUAGCAGCUGGGGAUUGCUGUUGUUUGGCGUUCUUGCGGGAGUUGCUGCUUGCGCACUUGUGAUGACGGUCAUGACACGUUGGAAGCAUCGGUCUGGAUACACUCCGUUACAAGCACAAACCAAUUAG